AUGACGGCUCGUUGUUUCGACCACCGCGCCAUCAAUUUCGUGGCGACGCGGUGGAUUCUUGCUGACCCCACCUUCUCCCUCCAUCUCUUGCUUCGCCCCUCCCACAGCCAGGGUCUUGUUGGCCAGCAGGCUGACGUGGACACGCCUCAGGCUGGCUCAGAUGAGCCACCGUUACCGCCGAAAGCCACGGAGCCACGCUCGGGGAUUGAUUUUCUUAGAUGUUCCGCUGCUCCAGUAACACCGGAUCCACCUAGGUCUACCGUGGAUGAUUCUGCAGUUAAAGACACGCCCACGGCCACACCUGAAGAGUCUCCCCGGGAGGCCGCCUUCACUAUACCCCCAGCUGUUGCUUCUUGCAGCAAAGAUCCCCAACCGACCGCGCCAAGUCCCACACCAAGCACCGUUGGUGUGUCCGUUGGUCCUCCGUCGGCUACCUCCACACCGAAGAGAGCGCGUUCAGGGAAGUGGGCGCAGCAUACCCUGCUCGUCGGAGGCCGCAGACUUUCUGCUUCGAACACUCCGGCUGAUCCACCACCUCCUGCAUCUGCACCGCCAGAGGAAGAUGUGUUCCCGAUCCGCGCGGACACCGGCUCGCCCGCCCUCACCAAGGCGCAGCUGCGAGAGCAAAUGUUCCUGGAGGCCAACAUCAUGUACGAUACGAGGUGGUCGGGACAGUUCUCCUGGCUCGUGUUGGGAAAAACCAAGGAUGGGUUUCCCUAUGUGAAGUGCAGUGUCUGCAUGGCCUACGGGAAGGAGAACACGAGGGAGGCGCUGGCUGUUAAGGACGCGGCGACGUCCAACCCCGACCUCGGCAUGGUGGACAAGGUGGUGCGCACCGUGGCGGCAAAACUAGGAGAUUCUUCAGUCUGGAGCCAACGGUUCAAGUACCUGCAGCGUGUGAUCUACAACACUAACCUCGAAGUCCAGGGGAUCCACACGGUUCGCUGGCUCUCACGUGGAGAUGCGGUGCGACGGCUGUGCAAGGUGCUCGGUGCGUGUAUCGUUCUUCUGUGGGAGCGGAGUCACAAGGUGUACGAGAUCGUCCACGAGCUGGAAAGCUUCACGCAGGGACUGACCAACAUUCUCAGGAGCGCGGACUCGAAGAGGUCUAUGAGGAGGAGGCGCCCCGCAAAGAGCGUGAAACUUGCUGUGGCUGAUCGCGAAAGGAGGGGGAAAGCAAAGGAGGGUGAAGUCGAAGCAGGAGCUGCCCACCAGAACGAUGGGGAGGAGGACGAAAAGGAGGAGGAGGAGGAGGAGGAGGAGGAGGAGGAUGUGGAACAGGCCCUGGGCGACGAUCAGGAGCUUGUGGGGGAGGAGGAGGAGGACAAUCCCUUCCUUUCGGACGAUGAGGAUGUGGAGGAAGUGUUCCACAUCGAUAGGCCUGUGCACUAG